GUCACUCCAUCCUUCCCUUUCUCGGUUGCCUCCGGGACUAUCUUUAAUUCCAGCCCACACGCCACUAUUAACGACAACAAAAGAAAAGAAAAAUGAAGAUCAACGUUUCUACCAUUAUUCUGUCAUUGGCAGCUGCUAGUUCAAUCUAUGCUGCCCCUGUGGCUCCUGCCCACCUCGAAAAGAGAGGAGUGGUUCUUGACAAGCUGAAGGAGUUGUUCGCGAAAGCUAUCAAGAGCCUUGAAUGCGGUGCCUGUGUAGCUGCUCUCGUAGGCGCAAAGGACGUUGCUUUUCUCAACAAGAACUGGGUUCUGGAUGCUGCCGAAGGUAUCUGUGCAGAAUUUAAGAUCAUGCCAAAAGAUGUUUGUGUUGGCCUUGUCCGCACUCAAGGACCCGUACUAGUAGAUGCUGUUAUGCAAGCCAGCCUCCUUUCGGGUGACGGCAAAUACAUCUGCCACCAGGUCCUCGGCGCUUGCCCUGCUCAAGGAAUCACCUCUGGAACUCUCACCUUCCCUAAGCCUAAGCCCGCUAAUGCUGCACCUCCUGCUCCCAACGGCGUUUUAGUUGAUGUUCUUCACUUAUCCGACUGGCACGUCGAUAAUGAGUACGUCGUUGGGGCAGAAGGCGAUUGUGACCGACCACUGUGCUGCCGCAAGUUCGUAGAUUCGCCCUUGACUCCCAAGCGCCCAGCUUCCAGUUGGGGCGAUUAUAAGUGUGAUUCUCCCGUGAAGCUGGGUCAAGACUUGCUCAAGUUUGUCCCCAAUGUUGCUCAGAUCAACUUUACGAUCUUGACCGGAGACAUUCCUCCCCAUGACAUUUGGUUGCAAUCUAAGGAGACCGUAGUGGUGGCUGAGGAGGUUGCUUACAGUACCAUGGAGGCCGGUUUGUCAACCAAAGUAUACCCAACUGUCGGUAACCAUGAAACUGGACCCACAAACUUAUUCCCCACUAAAGCAACUGGUGGCGAUCUCUCCUGGCUGUACAACAGCUUGGCUGAUGACUGGUCUCGUUGGUUGCCAGUCGAUGCUGUCAACUCUGUCAAGAACUAUGGUGCAUACACUGCCAGCCCUGCUCCAGGUCUGCGAAUUAUUUCCCUCAAUACCAACUUUUGCUAUACUCUCAACUUUUACCUCUACGGCAAGAUCAAGGAUUAUGAUCCCAACGGUGAAUUGAAAUGGCUUAUUACUCAACUUCAGGCUGCCGAAGAUGCUGGCGAGCGUGUCUGGAUCAUCAGCCACGUCGGACCUUCACAGACAGACUGCCUCCAGAAUUGGUCUGCUCUUUAUUAUCAAGUUGUUCAGCGCUAUUCUCCUCACGUCAUUGCUGAGCAAUUCUUCGGUCACACUCAUUAUGACGAGUUUGCAUUAUACUAUGGCCCUGGAGCUAAGAACACUCAUAAUGCUAUUUCAACUGGUUGGAUCGGGCCUUCUGUCACGCCAUAUACUGAUUUGAACCCUGGCUUCCGUGUGUACAAGGUCGACUCCAAGAGCUGGAACGUUUUUGAUUCUCAAACUUACAUUGCUGAUCUUGAUCAAGCUGCUAACUGGGAUGCUACAGGUGCUACUCCCAACUGGCAUUUGGAG